UCGGGGGCAGGAAACACAUGGUCAUCUCUGAACUUCAUAUGAUAUAAAGAACCUUGGCAUCAUUUUUUUCUUCUGUGUUAUAAAACAUUUUCAUUUUCAAAAUCCGAAAAGGCAGAACUCGCGUUUCCUGCCUCCGAGGAAGGGGUCAUAAAAUUUUGAGAAAGACCCCACUCACCCGCCCCGUCCUUCAGCCCUUCGGAGAACGAACGAGGCGAACCCGAGGAAGCAGAGACGCCACUCCUCCGGGAAGACACGACGGCCCCAGGCGCGCGCUGACCCAACCGGGAGCCCGGAGCCCCGGCCCAGCUCUCGCACCGAGGGAGGAGAGUCUUCAUUUCCAGAAUAGUACAAGUGAAUUGGGAGGUUAUACGGUGUUGAGAGAAAGCGAUGGUGUCUGGAGAUGAGAACACGGCCACAGCUAUUUGUGGCCUGAAUUCGUUGUUUCCUACCUGUCACCUUGCCCUUGAAGACUAAAGGCGGUAAUGUUCAACUGAGAGCUUACUCCUCUGACGUAUGUCCAAGCCCCCAGAAGAUUUUUUUGAAAGCCUCAUGGGACAUAACACCACGGCUGGAUGCCUGGGGAAAUUAGGAGACCUGACGGCGUGAGAGCCACUCUGCCAGGGGCGCAGGAUGUCACCUGGAAUCGAGUAACCAAACAAGCCAGAUGUUCCUUAACUUUAAAUGGCAAAAAAAAAAAAAUUAGUGCACGUCUGCAUGUAAAGAUGCCAUUGCCCUUCUGAUGAAUGCAAACUGACAGCUUGCAAGGCCAGGACAGAAGCAACAUCUUUGCUGCGGGAAGCGUGGAAGACUGCCCUUAAAAAAGGAGAGUCCCCAGUUGUUUGAAAUGCUGAAGAAGUUGCUGAGAAGGAGACUUUUUUCUUAUCCCACCAAAUACUACUUCUUGUUUCUUGUUUUUUCUCUGGUCACCUUCUCUGUUUUAAGAAUUUAUCAAAAGCCCGAGUUUGUGAGCAUCGAACAUUUGGGUCUGGUCGGAGACAAUCCCGGUAGUAAUAUUAAUUGCACCAAGGUUUUACUGGGUGAUGUAGAUGAAAUUGAAAAGGUGAAGCUUGAGAUUCUAACUGUGAAGUUUAGAAACCGCCCUCAGUGGACAACUCAUGACUAUAUAAACAUGACUAGCGAUUGUACAUCUUUCAUCAAGAGGCGCAAAUAUAUUGUAGAACCUCUUAGUAAAGAAGAAGCAGAGUUUCCAAUAGCAUAUUCCAUAGUGGUUCAUCACAAAAUCGAAAUGCUUGACAGGCUCCUGAGGGCCAUCUACAUGCCUCAGAAUUUCUAUUGCAUUCACGUGGACAGAAAAUCGGAGGAUUCCUUUUUGGCAGCAGUGAUUGGUAUCGCGUCCUGUUUCAGUAAUGUCUUCGUGGCCAGUCGGCUGGAGACCGUGGUGUAUGCGUCAUGGAGUCGGGUUCAGGCCGACCUCAACUGUAUGCAGGACCUCUACGGGAUGAGUGCAGACUGGAAGUACUUGAUAAAUCUCUGUGGUAUGGAUUUUCCAAUUAAAACCAACCUGGAAAUUGUUAGGAAACUCAAGUCGCUCAUGGGAGAAAACAACCUAGAGACAGAGAAAAUGCCACCCCAUAAAAAAGAAAGGUGGAAAAAACAUUAUACGGUCAUUAAUGGAAAGCUGACAAAUACAGGGACUGACAAAACGCACCCUCCUCUGGAAACACCUCUGUUUUCGGGCAGCGCCUACUUUGUGGUCAGUAGGAAGUAUGUGGAGUACGUGCUAGAGAAUGAACAAAUCCGAAAGUUUAUGGAGUGGGCAAAAGACACAUACAGCCCAGAUGAGUAUCUCUGGGCCACUCUUCAGAGGAUCCCUGAAGUUCCAGGCUCACUGCCCUUAAGCCAUAAGUACGACAUGUCCGACAUGCAGGCGAUUGCUAGGUUUGUCAAGUGGCAGUACUUUGAAGGCGACGUUUCCAAGGGCGCCCCUUAUCCACCCUGCCACGGUGUCCAUGUGCGCUCCGUGUGUGUCUUCGGAGCAGGUGACUUGAACUGGAUACUGCGCACCCACCACUUGUUUGCCAAUAAGUUUGAUGUGGACAUUGACCUCUUUGCCAUUCAGUGUUUAGAUGAGCAUCUAAGGCAUAAAGCCCUGGAGACGUUGAAACACUGACCAUUGGUUGCCUGCAAUUUUAGAAAUAGAGUGCUGCCUGAGAUGUAUCCCAUCUGAGUCCUCUGCCCUGUUAAUAAACAUCGGAAAUGCUGUAGGGGGUGCUCUUUGGAGCGGGGCCUCCAGCUCUUCAUCUCAGAGGAGCUCUGUGUCUCUGCAGAGCACAGUUGCUUAGAAAGCUUACAGCACUAGGUGCUGACUUAGAGUUAACGCCAGGCCAGGGGCAGGUUGGGAGGCUUUGUGGGGAGAGGUGGCCCUGGUGGCCAGAUGCAAAAACCAGCCUGUUACAGAGCUCAGGGACUUAACAAAAUGAUAUGAUUCAACCUGUGCCAAAAUUACUUUGAGAGCUUUAAAUAUGACAGUUUUCUUGAUUUGAAUAAAUUUAUAGCAAAACCCAAUCAUAAGGAUAUAAUUUAUAUUGUAGGUUCUAUGGUUGAAUUAGAAGUCUGACUUUACUGUAAAUGAUUCUUGUGAAUAUAGUUGACUUUCUGCUGCAACAUCAUGCUGUGUGUUGUAUCUGUGGGUCAUCUCAGGGAACUUGAAAACAUGGGCUUGACCAGAUACAAAUACUUCUGAGUAAUUUUUGUUUCUACCAAUGUGCACAUGUUUCUAAAAACAAAAAAAUGGUGAUUUGUAGUUUAGUUGAUUCUGUGAAUCAUCUUCAAUGACUAGAAAUGCCUUAGGUUAUUAAAUGAGUUAAGAUAUGUUUGUUUAUUAUUAAAGUUUCUACAGAGUAACACUCAAUUUUAUAAAUAUUUGUCUGUCUCCCACCAUCUCCCAGACCCUGCUGUCACACCGUAUAAAAACUGGUUUUGUAGUGCCCCACAGGACUGCCUCAGUUCUGUUGUAUGAUGUGGUGGACAGUAAUUUGUGUAGGGAACUGACAGAAACGGUGAAGUGCGGGCAUGGAGUGGGGAGGAGGAGGAGUCAGAUUCAGACCCCAUCUGAGGCCUGCGAUGAGUGUUACAAACCACCCAUUGCCACCAUCCACAGAAAUUGAGGCUGGUGCUCUUUGCCUGUGUCCAACCUCCCAGUGCCUUGCAUCUUAGUGUGGCUGGUGUCCAUUUCACUGGCUUCCCUUGACCUUGCUUCUUCGUGUUACCUGCCUAUUGGCUGCUCCUUAGCCCUUGGGUUUUAAGUGUCCUUCUCUCUCAGAACCAACGCAGGAGAAAGAGGUGUUCUGUUGUUCUACAUGCUGCGUUUCAAAGCCUGAGAAUCCGAAAGGAACCAUUAGGUCUGGGGUAGAUUAUUUUAGUAUUGGUAUUAUUCACAGCAUAUGACUUUUACUCUACUUUUUCACCAAAAGACUGGAUAAUUUGAGGUUGCUGUUAUGCUUGCUCUUUGGCUAAGCUGAUACUGUUCAGCCAAAGCUCUAACAGGAAAUGUGAAAUUUUAUCGUUUAGCUAAGGCUUUAAACAAGAGUCAAAACCAGGUACUUUAUUCUUAAAGGAAAAGCAACUUCACUAGUACAUGAGAAAUUCAUAAUGUCAGACAGUUUCCAAGCCUUCAACUGAGAAAAUAAUUUUAUUCCUCAAAGUUAGGAAACAUUUUUAUUUUAUGGAGAAGUGUGUUAUAUUGACCCUCCAGAACGAAAGUUUCAUAGUUUUCCGUAAAGCUUUGUCGUUUGUAAACAUGAAAGUCAGUGGGUUGCUGUGUUUUGCAUGAUUGGAUACGGUAGCUUUGAAAACUCACGUGAGGACAUCAGUGGGGGCGUUCCGUACCGUGUUCUGUCUCUUCCCGUCUAAUGCAGCCGGUUCUUCGAAGGGGCAUCAAAGGUCUCGUCCUUUCUCGAGUGGCAGGAAGAUUUUACCUUUGGGGCCGUUUAGGCGUUUUCUUUGUAACUGUAAAACCAGUGAUAUCCAGUGACACACACUUUGUGUCUUCGUCUUGUAGUUGUGCUUCAUUCAUGAUGUCCUGUUUUAUGGAUUUUUUUCAUGUUUAUUUCAAAAAUUCACAAAUUAAUAGGAAAGUUAAAAGCAAUACUACAGAGGACACCAUAUAACCCUUGCCUGGAGUCCUGCUUUUUAACAUCAUGCCCCUUUUGCUUUAAAUAUUAUUAUUUUUAAUAUAGCAAAAUUGAAACGUUUUUUAAAUUUACAAAUACCCGAAGUUUUAUAUCUCAGAACUCUUAUUAUUAUAGUAUGAUUGUGUCUGAUUUACAUGUGAAUUGGCAGCUUUUGAGGGAUUUUCCUCCACCCCAGACAUAAAACUAGGACUUUUGGGUCUGUUUCACUAACCCCACACUGGAACUGUGGACUCCCCGUCUUUUAUGUCACCGUGGAACCUCAUCUGUCUAGAAUGGUACCUGUUGAGUUGUGUCUGAACAUUAGCCCGCUGCUAGUGACUACUAAAGGCAUUACAUAGAAUUUGUUUAUUAGGGCUCUUACUUUUAGACCUUUCAGGGUAACCUAAAAAAGCAAGUGAAAUAUAUAUUCCCAGGACAAGCGAUUUGAAGAGUCAAAAAAAUUGGUUCCAAAAGGAAGCCCAUACUAUAUUCAGAAGGUGCAAAACAUGGGUACUUUGGGAAAGAUAAAGAAAUUAUUUAAAUAGUUUUCAUGUGUCAGUUAUUAAACACUAAUUUUUUCUUGCUCUCAUUUAAGAUCUUUUGUAGGUAAUGAUUAAAAAUCAUGCACAAAUAAAUCCUUAAACAUAUAUAAACUGCUGUUUUGUGUAAUGGAAAGAUUAUUCUAGUUAAUGAAGUACUGCAAAAAGAUUUACUAUUACUUAUUAUGGACAACUUAACAAAAGUGUUUCUACUAUAGGCAGUGACCUAGGUUCCUCCGAGACCACGGGAAACAGCCGCUUGACCGUGUGCAUGUGAAGCAUCAUUGGUCUCUAAACAUGUAUUGCUGUCAUUUAUCAAGAAUAAUUCACUUAAGUAAAAUAACAUAAAUGGGUUUUCUUUUGUAGUUACUUGAGGAGAGGAAAGCCAUGCUUUUAGUUUAUGGUAUUUGUGGGAUCAAUUGAACUAGAGUUUCCAGUUGCUUGGGAAAAUAAAAAUCAUUUCUCGUUUUAUUAAUUAACUAUAAAAUAAAGCUAACACUGUUUUAUGGUAAGUGUGGUUAUUCUUAAGUUUUACUUUUUUUUUUUAAAGACCUUAUUUAUUUUUAGAGAGAAGGGAAGGAAGGGAGGAAAAAGGAGAGAAACAUCAAUCAGUUGCCUCUUGCACAUCCCCAACUGGGGACUUGGCCCACAGCCCAGGCAUGUGUCCUGAUGUGGAAUUGAACCAGCAACCUUUUGGUUUGUAGGCCAGCACUCAAUCCACUGAGCCACACCAGCCAAGCACAUUUUACUCUUUUGAAUGUGAACAUGACUGAAUGCAUUUGGAACUUGUCAUAUACCACCAUUAAAAGCAAACUAAAAGGACAGCUGGAUCAGGAGUGGAAACAUAGAAAUGAAGACCUCAAGGAGGGUUAGCAACAGGGGAGUGGGAGGAGGAGAA